AUGCUCCUUUAUAUUCAAUUGUUUCUUACAGGUUCAGGUCAAAUCCAGUUAUGGCAGUUCCUUCUGGAGCUGUUAAGCGACUCAUCAAAUGCUGCUUGCAUCACGUGGGAAGGUACAAAUGGAGAAUUCAAGUUGACGGAUCCGGAUGAAGUAGCUAGAAGGUGGGGAGAGAGGAAAUCGAAGCCUAACAUGAAUUACGACAAAUUAUCUAGGGCGUUAAGGUACUACUACGAUAAGAACAUAAUGACAAAAGUCCACGGGAAGCGGUACGCGUACAAGUUCGACUUCCAAGGUCUGGCAGCUGCGACGCAACCGGCCGCAGCUGAUCCAGCGGGCAGCUACAAGUACCAGAGCGAGCUUUUUAUGAGCAGCUACCACCACGGAGCAGCUACGGCGGCCAAGCUGAGCGGCUUCAUGGGCGCGCAUACGGGGAUACCUAGCUCGGCAGGUGAGUAA